AUGCUUCCGCCCUCUGUCCAUAGUCAGUAUGUCCGGUACAAGGAGAACACCACCUCCUUCGUCAACUGGCUUUUCGGACAGGCCAAGAAGGUCAUGAAAACCGGAUCCCUUCCUCCGCUGUCGGCAGACCUCUCCACCCAGCAUCUGCUCCCGAUGGCCCAGGCCUGCAAGAAGGCUUCCAUCGCUAUGCCUGCCAUGCAGCGCUCUUUCCUCGAACGAGCAGUCAGCCUUCGUCGCAAAGUCGGAGCACACUACGUUGCGGGUGGCUCGGCGGCUACCUCUGACGCUGAUGACAGCCAUCGGUUCUUCACUGACUGUCUUCAACGCAUUCUCGACCUCUUCCCGGCACCCACGCCCGUCGCUCGUCCCGCUACCGACUCGGCGCCCAUCCCUGACAUGGACGAAAGCUUCAUCAACCAGUUCAGCAUUCUCCACGUCGAAGGACACGAUGACAUCCAUCCCGAAUCUCUUGUCAAUGAGCCUGCCGAUGAGUGCCCCUCGCCUCCUCCGCAACAGAGGCCUGCUGCUCGCGUGAGCAACCAAUUGCUCGACCUAGUCGACGAUCCCCGAAUCGAACUCUGGUGCUUGCUGAUUGAAAUUCGCGACAUCCGGCGCUACGUCAAGAGCAUCUGGGCGGAAUAUGUCGCCGGCAAGGUCGAUCUUGUCACCGCCAGCCUCGUCACGGAAGCAGCCUUCGAGUCCAUGGAGAUCAUGAACGAGAAUUUCUGCUAG